AUGUGCGGUAAAAGAAACAUGUUCGUGGAUAUGGAUGAAUCGGUGAAAGGAAAUGUCGUAUUUGGAGACUCCUCGAAGGUUCCUAUCAAAGGCAGAGGAACUAUACUCAUCCGGCUCAAGAAUGGCUCACAACAAUCUAUCAGUGAUGUGUACUAUGUCCCGGACAUGACUAGUAACAUCCUGAGUUUGGGUCAGCUGAUGGAGAAGAAUUAUGAAGUCCAUAUGGUGAAUCGUCAAUUGGAGCUGUUAAAUGAGAAGAAGCAGUUGUUGGCCAGAGUCCCAAUGUCGAGAAACAGAAUGUUCACCCUAAACAUUCAGACUGAAAUGGCGAAGUGUUUGAAAGCAUGCGUGAAGGACACUACAUGGCUGUGGCAUCUGAGUGAACCAGUUGAUGUCAAAGAAGCCAUGAAAGAUGAAAAAUGGAAGAGAGCUAUGGAUGAAGAAAUUGGAGCAAUUGAGAAGAACAAGACUUGGGAGCUUGUGUCACUUCCUAAGAACCAGAAGCCAAUCGGUGUGAAGUGGGUAUUCAAGGCCAAGAAAAAUGCUAAAGGAGAAGUCGUCAGACACAAAGCAAGAUUGGUCGUGAAAGGAUAUAGUAAGAGACCAGGCAUUGACUAUAAUGAAGUUUUUGCUCCCGUGGCGAGAAUGGAGAGUAUCAGGAUGGUGAUAUCUCUCGCUACUCAAAAUGGAUGGAAGAUACAUCAAAUGGAUGUGAAGUCAGCUUUUCUCAAUGGAUAUCUCGAGGAAGAUAUCUAUGUGGAGCAACCACCUGGAUAUAUCGUUGAAGGUCAAGAAGAUAAGGUGCUAAAGCUAAAGAAAGCACUGUAUGGUCUUAAACAAGCACCGAGAGCUUGGAAUAGCAGGAUUGACAAGUAUUUUCAGCAGAAUGGAUUCAGCAAAUGCCCACAUGAGCAUGCACUAUACUGCAAGCUGCAAUGGGGAGCAAUAUUGAUGGUUUGCCUACAUGUAGAUGAUCUUGUCUUUACAGGCAACGAUCCUCAAAUGUUUGAAGAGUUCAAGAAGACGAUGGUUCGUGAGUUCGAGAUGACAGACAUCGGACUAAUGUCAUACUAUCUUGGAAUUGAAGUAACUCAAAAAGAGGAAGGAAUUUUCAUCUCACAGGGUGGUUUCGCCAAGGAAGUCUUGAAGAAGUUUAAGAUGGAGAAUUGUAAUCCUGUGAGUACACCAGCUGAGUGUGGACUGAAACUAUCAAAGGAUGACAAAGGGGAGAAGGUCAACUCAAUGGAGUUUAGAAGCCUUGUCGGAAGCCUGAGAUAUCUUACUUGUACCAGACCAGAUAUUCUCUACGCAGUUGGAUUAGUCAGCAGAUACAUGGAGGCACCAACUAUGUCACACUGGAAUGCUGCAAAGAGGAUAUUACGCUACAUCAAAGGAGACGUCGAUGAUCGCAAGAGCACUACAGGAUUUGUAUUUUUCCUGGGAGAUACAGCUUUCACAUGGAGUUCAAAGAAGCAAGCUAUAGUGACACUGUCUACUUGUGAAGCUGAGUAUGUUGCUGCAACAUCGUGUGCGUGUCAUGCGAUAUGGCUGAGAAAGUUGCUGAAGGAGUUGAACAUGACACAGGAAGAGUCAACUGAAAUUUAUGUGGAUAACAAGUCUGCCCUAGCGUUAGCAAGGAAUCCGGUGUUUCAUGAUCGCAGUAAGCAUAUUGAUACAAGAUAUCAUUUCUUGAGAGAGUGCGUGGAGCAAAAAGAAGUGAUGCUGAAGUAUGUGAAGACUGAAGACCAAAUUGCUGAUAUUUUCACGAAGCCGCUAAAACAAGACGUGUUCGUCAAGAUGAGGACGCUACUCGGAGUUACGACUAAUUAA